UGUCAGCGUGCAGCCCAUGCAGCCUGCUGCUGUCCAGUGUUAUGAAUAUAUCGUUAACGUUGAGUUGUGAGAUAAAUUGAAAAUCUCAACAACUCUACAAAAGUGUGUUUGGGCCUUUAGUACAUAAAGUAACGAGCCCUUUCACAGAUAACGGGUCAACGGAAUGGGACACUGGGGAAGACGAGCAAGGAAGAAGAAGAGAAGGAGGACAACAACGAGUUUAACCCUUUGUCAUGAGCAUCGGUUUGUGGAACUGCGGAGGUGGUUGAAAGAGAGAGGAUUCAGAUCUAUACUCCUUAUUCCAGCGCACUUCGGCGAUACUGGAAGGGGAUUGAUGGGUACUUCUCCUAUUAAGGCUAACGAAAUGCUGAUUUCCUUACCUGAACAAUGCCUGUUGACCACCAGCACUGUUCUUGGGAGCUACUUGGGAGAGUAUAUAAAGAGAUGGAAGCCUCCAGUGUCUCCUCUGCUCGCUCUCUGUGCCUUCCUGAUUGUUGAAAGGCAUGCUGGGAGUUCGUCCAAGUGGAAGCCCUACAUUGAUGUUCUACCUCAAACCUACACCUGCCCUGCGUACUUCUCUGAUGACGUCAUCAACCUGUUGCCGCCAGGGCUGAGGGCGAAAGCUCGGGAUCAGAGGGAGAGAGUUUUGGAGCUACAUUCUGCCUCUGCCACCUUCUUUGCUUUUCUGCAGCCGCUCCUCCGAGAGCCUGCAGUGACUCUGUUUUCCCAUGAUGCAUUGCGCUGGGCGUGGUGCAGUGUGAACACAAGGACUGUGUACAUGAGGCACCCCCAGAGCCCCCACCUCUCCACAGAGCCAGAUAAUUAUGCACUGGCACCUUACCUGGAUCUGCUCAACCACUGUCCCCAAGUACAGGUUACAGCAGGGUUCAGCCAGGCAAACAAGUGCUAUGAGAUCAGGAGUGUCCAGGGAUGCAGGAAGUUCCAUCAGGCCUUCAUCUGCUACGGGCCACACGACAACCAACGUCUGCUUUUAGAUUAUGGCUUUUUUGCCCCCGGCAACCCUCAUGCUGUGGUUUAUGUUGACCUUGGUACUCUGAAGCUGUGUCUCAUUGACAGGGACAAACAAUUGCCACAGAAGCUUCUCUUCCUGAAGGAACACAACUUUCUCAUGAACUUGACCUUUGGAUUCGAUGGUCCCUCCUGGAGGCUGAUGACAGCCCUCAGGCUGCUCUCUCUGAAGCCAGAGCAAUAUGCAUGCUGGAAAUCGGUCCUCUUGGGGGCAGUAGUGUGCAAGGAGAGAGAGGAGUGGACUGUCCAAGCAGCUCUCAUGCUCUGCAAGAUCCUUUUGGAGGAAAGCAGCAAGGCUUUAGAGAGGCUAUCCCACCUCAAGGAAGGGGCAGACACCACUCUGACUGAGCAGUUGUCCAUGGUGGAAUUCCUUCGCCGCGAGGAGCAGGCGAUUCUGGGGCAGUCACAGGAACUUCUGGGUCUCCAACGGCAACCGUUGCCAAGCCAACCGGGCUUUGCUCAGAACCAAGCGGGCUAAGGAAACUGGCUACUAACUCUGUGCGUGUUGUUGCAAAUCUUGGGCCCUGUCCCUCUGCCAACCCAUCACAAGAGCCAGUUUGAGUAAAAGAGGGCAUGAAUAUGGCUCUCUUGGCACAACGGGACUUUUGCAAUUCAACUGAGUGCCCAGGGAAUCCAGAGUGAGCAGGCAGGCCAAGGCACUUUCUCUCAGGCAGUGAAAGGCCACACUGUGCUGCCAAAGACCUGCUCUUUCCUCACCACCAGUUGAGCAUAUGCUUUGGAGGAACAAGAUAUGUGGGAAUAUGGGCUAUGUUUGGAACAGUGGAAGAAGAAAGAAAGAUGACAAGCUUAUAGUUGACAAGCUUAUAGCUUAUAUGGGUUGGGCCCUUGAGUCGUGGAUCUGUCCGAGGUUUCUUCCUAUAUGUUUCUCCAAUUCUAGGGAGUUUUUCCUUGCCCCUGUUACUCAUGGGCUCUCUUUGAAUGUUUAACACUCUGUAAAGCGCCAUGAGACAUGUGUUAUGUUUUGGCGCUCUAUAAGUGAAAUUAAAUUGAAAUUGAAGAGCCCUUUAUAUGGGUGUCUGUUUACGGAACCAGUGGGGACAAUCUGUUGUGCCAGUCUGUGCUAACUUUUGUGUGGAGGUCUACAUAAGGCUUAUCGAGGUGAGAACAGGAGGUUGACCCUCAUGGGUAAUGUGGUAUGACUGUCUGUGAUUUAUGGGCGUUGGUCAUAAGUGGUCAUAUACAGCUCUGGAAAAGAGAGAGACCACAGCACAUUUUUCUGAUUUUCCUACGGUUGCAGAGUGACAUUUGUCAUAUUCAAAAAUUAAGAGAGAAAAAAUCAGAAAAAUGUGCAGAGGCCUCUUACUUUUUUCUAGUGCUACAUGAGUCUACAUCACUUUUAGAUUAAAGGAAGGUCUUUACAUUUUGAAAACAAUUUUAAUUUCAUCAAAGUGUUUUAACAUUACAAUGUUACAUAAAAUAAAUGUAGCAAAAAACA